AUGUGUAAAUGUGUCAAUAAGGGGACUGACCAUGUCAUGUUUGCUGUUAGUGACGAAACAGAUGAAAUCCAGAGGUACCAGAGUGGACGUUACAUCUGCACAUCUGAGGCAGUGUGGCGAAUACUGUCUUUCCCUAUACAUGAGAGGUUCCCUGCUGUCUCGCACCUGGAAGUCCACCUCCCAGACGAACAGCGAGUCUACUUUCAGCCAGACAAUGUCAGGGAACAAAUGGAGCGUAGCACAACUCUUUUGGUAUUCUUUGAUCUCUGCCAGUCAGAUGCUUUUGCCAGGACAUUUCUUUACAAUGAAGUACCUUCCUAUUUUACGUACUCAAGACAAAGAGGUUGGGCCAGGAGACUGAGAGGACAACCAGUGGCAGGUCACCCCAAUGUAAAGCAAGACUCAUGCAUCGGAAGAGUAUACACCGUCCAUCCUAGCUGCAGUGAGCGUUACCACCUUCGCCUGCUUCUACACUCUGUUCGAGGCCCUAUCUCUUUCAACGACCUAAAGACGGUCCGUGGUGAACUGCACCCUACUUUCCAGUCUGCUUGCCGGGCCAUUGGACUCUUGGAGGAUGAAGCCUGUUGGGAGGAAACACUCAGGGGGGCUGCCGUUUCCGAGAGCCCUCGCAAGUUGAGAGAUCUCUUCAGUGUACUGGUGGUGUUCUGCAACUUGAGUAACCCCCUCGAUCUCUGGAUGAGGUUCAGAGACUCCCUGUUUGAGGGCAUUUUGACAGCAGCUCAACAGGUGGACGUUAACAUAACGUACGACAAUGCUCCUAACCUGUAUGAUUUGUGCCUGAAAACAUGCAGGAGAUCAUUACCCGUAUUGGUGGUCUGCGGUUAG